UAACGGCUGCGGGUGGAGUGUGAUGUCCAGCGCUCGGUGACGGGGCGAGAGUUUUCCGCGGACCUGGCUGGAUUUCUCUGUUUCGUUAGUUCAUCUCUUCUGUAGCUGAGGCCGAGUAAGAAGAUGAGCUCUCAGUUUGUGGAGCGCGAAUGAGAAACCCGACCGCGGGGAAGUUUUGAAUGGCGGUUGUCUAAUUUUAACCGGAGCUCGGCGGCAGUAACAGUAUCUCGCGGCUCAGCGCGCGCUAUGCGGUCACAGCCCGGGAGCAGCGCUGAGAGAGAAGAGCUGAGAGAAGUUUAGCCUUCGCCUGCUCGCGGAGGUCAACCGGACGGCGCACACAGUUUUCAAAGGCAGCCAUGCCUGUCCCUCCUCCACCACCUCCCCCAGCACCUCCGCCACCACCCCCACCAGCUCAAUUACAGACACAAUCUGAGCCUCCUAAAAUCCAGCACUCUGAGGGAGGAGGUCGCUGUGCGCUCCUUGCAGACAUACACAAGGGGAUCAGACUGAAGAAGGUCACUCAGGUCAACGACCGCAGCACCCCUGUUCUCGACAAGCUCAAAGUGAGCAGUGUGGAUGGCAGUGGGAGUGGUGGAGGCUCUAGUGGACCACCUUCACAGGGACCCACUCUGAGUGGGCUUUUUGCUGGAGGGUUUCCUGUCCUUAGGCCAGUUGGACAAAGAGACAAAAGCUCACACCACAGUUCAGUGUCUCGAUCUGGCUCCUCUGCCAGUCUGAAGCAGCCGCUGUGGAACAUGCCCUCACAGGGAGAAAGUUUAAGGCGCAGCACCCCAGACCUCUCUCCUUCCCGCAGACCUUUAGAGAGGUCCUCCUCUCUCAAUAAAGCACGCCCCGCCUCCUCAUACACAGCUCCACCUUCUCCCAGCCAGCCUGCACUUCCGAGCUUUAAGCCUCCAUCCUCGGCACCCAACUCCACACCUCCUCCUCCUCCACCUCCUCCUUUAUCACUUUUUCCAGAACGGGCCAGCAACAGACCUCCUCCUCUCCCUUCAUGUCCACCUCCACCCCCUCCUUCCCAAAUCACCAAGCCCACCUGGUUACCUGUCCAAUCACACUCUAUCCCUAUGCCCACAACUCCGCCUCCACCCCCACCUCCCUCAGCCCCUCCCUCCUUGCUUCCUGAUAGGUCAUCUGGGUUUUUCUACCCCCCACCUCCUUCUCCAGUCCUAUCAGAUGCUAAGUUUGGGAACUGCAGGGACUUGGGCUCUCCUCCUCCACCUCCUCCUCCGCCUCUGCCUGCAUCUUUUGCGCCCAGCCUUCCCUUGUCUCUACCCUCACCUCCACCACCACUGCCUCCUAAAGCUCCAACCAUACCCCCACCAUCAUACAGGCCUGCAGUUCCCCCACUACCCCCCUCUUACCCCUGCACCUUGCCCAGCCGGAGGCCCCCUGCAGUACCCAGGAGUGCAGGCACUGGCCGAUUGGCUCCUCCCCCUGCCCCACCUGCUCGUUCUCCUACCACUGAAUUGUCCUGCAGAAUCCCACCUCCUCCCCCACCUCUGCCUCCAGCUCCACCCAGCUCACUGAGGAAUGGACUCCUCCACAGCCUCGAUGACUUUGAAUCCAAGUUUCAGUUCCACCCAAUUGAGGACUUCCCUCCUCCUGAAGAGUUCAAGCCCUUCCCAAGAAUAUACCCAAGCAAAGAGAACAGAGUGGCAUCUCAGCCUCCUGGCAUGAAGACGUAUUUAAGAUGAAAGUACAGAUGUCAUGCUUGGUGAUAAACUACAUCAGACCAGAAAAAAUCCAAAGUCAUCUCUGGAAAUUCGUGCAAUGUGUUGCCUCAGACACUGAAUUUUCAUUAUGGACUUCUGGAUCUAAUUAAACAAAAGACUUUUGGCAAUAAUGUGCAGCAUCCUAACCACUAACCAAAGCCACAGGCCUGAUUUUGGAAGAGCUCUCACAUUCUUGGGAUAGUGGAGUGACAGUCCAUCUCUAAAGGUCAUAGUAUUUAAACUGACAUUAACAUUAGCAUCUUCUGGCUGUUUAUACUGUAUAACACCUAACUUUUCCUACAAUACCUUUGAAUGGGUCUCUGCCACCGUAUCAGUCCUAGGAGCCGAAGGACGCAUCAGCGGAAAGGGUGAAGGGCAGACAGAGAUUAUGCUUUUUUGUGUAAUAUAUAUCUAAGAAUGGUAAGUUGAUGAUGUUUACAAUGAUAAGUCAGUGCUUUCCUCAAAAACAGAUAGUGCCCUCCAUGCUUCCGCCAGGUUUAACAAGACAGCAAGAAUGCUUUCAAAAAACGUUAAUCUGCCACUAAUGCGGCAGAACUCUAACAGCUAUAUCUUAUGGCGAGACCUGACGAAGAACACAACAUCUAAUCUAGUCGCUCAACUGGAACUAUUUAAUUUUAUCAUUUGCAAGUCUUCUGUCCAUUUGACUCUUGAGGCUAGUGAUGUUUAUGUACAUCACUGUGCUCCCAUUCAGGUGGAAGUAUGCAGGUGAAUGAAGUAAACAGAGCCAAGAGCUUUCAAACUAAUAGCUAAAAGAUGUUUUGCUACAAUUUUCACAUGAAAACCUGAGGACGUGUUGAUUUGAAACUAUUGUUAUGUCUUUUGUAUAAGGCCAUUUUGACCCUGAAACUGAUUAUCAUUUUAUGUUCUGUGAUGGAGCCUUGAGAGGCCAUGUUUGCACCACACCUUUUGUAAGAUACACACACAAAAAACGAGACACACCGUGAAAAGAGAGCAGCUGUAAUGAAUCUAGACUGACUGAACCUCUAUGAAUUAAACUAAUCUUAACCUGCUUUAAUAUUCCCCAAUUCACACCACCUAAAAUUAUAUUUGAUCAAAGAGGCAGUGCUCUGAAUAGCAAAGCAGAGGACAUUUUACUUACAUAGUAAAAUGAAGGAGACUGUUUAUAUGAGUGUGUUGGUUUCUUUUUGUCUCUUCAAUAUCAAAUAUGAAUGCAUAUAUAAAUUUUAUAUAAGAUGCAGAACAGUUUAGUCAGAAUUUUGACUGAUCGAGUUGUAUAAAGACAUGCUCACAAAACACUCUGGGAAACAGUGCCAUCAACUGGAAUGAAUAUCAGUGUAAAUCACUGUUGUAACUCAUGUCUGAAUAAAUAACUGUCUAACUCAAA